AUGGAAGAAUCGAAUGGUAAACACCAUGAUACACAUGCAAUACCUCCUCAGGCAAUAUGCAAUACGUAUAAGAAAUACCAGAAAAUGAGUGAUGCGGCUGUGGACCAGGAUCUUGAGGUUGUGGAUUUCCGGCGAGGGUUGACGGAUGUUCAAAAACAGAAAAUCAUCCCAGUGGAUACCGUAAAGUCAGAAUUGAUCGCUUCGGCACAGAAAGCAUUCAGAGCAUGUGGUGACAAAGGAGCAGAAGACGGGGUAGAUGUGGAGAUCGAGCCGGAGUCCUGUACUAUUUAUGAGCAUCAAGACUUCCCAGGAUUACGCCUACUUCCAAACUUAUUACCACCAGAGGUUCAGAUCAUGCUUGUAGAUCGACUUCUGCAUCGAGACCUCUCGAACCCAUUACACAAAACCAACAUCCAUCAUGACUACAACAUCCCUUACCCACCAACGCCAUCAGACGGUUCUAGCCCGCUUUCAUUCUUCACUUACCAUCCGUCAUCUAGAAAACACACCUUCACGCCUCUGGACCCGCUGUCAAAACACAAGCCUCUCAACACAACACAACUCCUUCAAAAGAAACUCCGCUGGCUAACCCUCGGCACGCAAUACGACUGGCCGACGCGGUCCUAUGCUGCCAGCUCUCCGAUCCCUUUCCCGUCUGACAUUUCCGCACUUGCUACAACGCUCUUCCGCAACUCAUUCACUCCCGAAUCGGGCGUCGUGUUGCUGUACAGCCCGAAAGACUACAUGCCCGUCCACCGUGACGUAUCUGAAGAAUGCCAACGCGGACUAGCGAGUUUCAGUCUCGGCUGUGAUGGACUAUUUGUUAUUGCGAGAGACAAGUAUGAGGGUGAGGAUGAGAAGAAUGAGGAGAGGGAACAGGAGAUGGUCGUUAUUAGGGUGAGGAGUGGUGAUGUGGUGCAGAUGGAUGGGGAGACAAGGUGGGCUUGGCAUGCUAUGCCGAAGGUUAUGGCUGGGACAUGUGCAGAAUGGCUGGAAGAUUGGCCCGUUAGGAAAGGUGACAGGAAGGAGUUUGAGAAGUGGAAGGGGUACAUGAAAGGGAAGAGGCUGAAUAUUAGUUGUAGACAGGUUUGGGGAUGA